AUGAAUAAUAAACUGACGAGGGAGAAGAAAAUAUAGAGCCUUAGUAAGUUGGAGCUGACACCAUCUCUCAAUCAUUUAUAAAAAUUAUCAAAAACAAAUGCAAAAAUGUUAGCAAAAUAAUUCAAACUUCUUUUCACAAUUAAGAAAUUGGAAAAUUAACUUGAAAAUGCUUAAUAGAGAUUGUAAAAAUAAAAAUAAAUAAAUCUAUAAAGUUUAGAAAAGAUUGAUGAAUAAGAGAUUAAAUUAGAAUAGCUAUAAGAAUAAAUUUAAGUGUUAAAGGAUGGAUUACAAUAAUAAUCAUAAUUAUAAGAUAAUGUUAAUCCGUUAGUUGAAACCAAUCAAGAUUAUCAUAAAACUAAAUAUAAUAAUCUUUUGGAGGAACAUCUUCAUUUGUUAAAUGUUGGAGAUUUAAUUAAUGAAUAAGAAAAGUAAUUAAGAAAGGAAUUCCGAUAAUAACUAGAAGAAGAAAAAUUAAAAGCAAAAGAUUUAUUUAAUAAUUUAUUGAAUGAACAUUUGAAAUUGUAGGAAGAAUGUGAAAAAGCAAUAGAUUCUUUGAAUUCAGCCAAUCAAAAUUAAGAUUAAUUAGUCGAUAAAAGUGAACUUGAAACAAUAAAAAAUAAAUUUAAUUCAUUAUUAUCUGAACACUUAGCUUUGGAAGAACUAAAUGAUGGAUUAAAUAAAAAGUAAGAUGAUAUUAAAUAAGAUCAUGAAAAAUAAUUAGAUGAUGAAAUUUAAAAAUAAAAAGAGAAAUAUAACAAACUAUUAAACUAAUAUUUACUUUUAGAAAUGUAAAGAGAUGGAAUUUUAUAAGAGCAGAGUCCAAAAUUAGAAAAUCAACUUGAUUUAGAUAAAGAUGAUGAUGUUGUUUAGAAAAAAUAAGAGAUUACAAAUGAACAUUAAGAAAAAGAAGAAAUUGAUGAUUAAAAAAAUCAAGAAUAAAUGAAAUCACUUCUUGAUUAGUUAAAUUAUUUAGAAAAUUAAAAUACAUAAUUGAAACAAGAACUAGAAAAUAUGAAAAACCUUUUAGAUAAAACAUCAUAACAUGAAUCAUAAUAAAUAGAAUAAACAGAACCUACUCCUGAGCCAUUGAAGAUGGAACCAAGCUCUGAAGAUUAUUAUAAAAAUAAAUAUAAUAAUCUUUUGGAGGAACAUCUUCAUUUGUUAAAUGUUGGAGAUUUAAUUAAUGAAUAAGAAAAGUAAUUAAGAAAGGAAUUCCGAUAAUAACUAGAAGAAGAAAAAUUAAAAGCAAAAGAUUUAUUUAAUAAUUUAUUGAAUGAACAUUUGAAAUUGUAGGAAGAAUGUGAAAAAGCAAUAGAUUCUUUGAAUUCAGCCAAUCAAAAUUAAGAUUAAUUAGUCGAUAAAAGUGAACUUGAAUUAAUAAAAAAUAAAUUUAAUUCAUUAUUAUCUGAACACUUAGCUUUGGAAGAACUAAAUGAUGGAUUAAAUAAAAAGUAAGAUGAUAUUAAAUAAGAUCAUGAAAAAUAAUUGGAUGAUGAAAUUUAAAAAUAAAAAGAGAAAUAUAACAAACUAUUAAACUAAUAUUUACUUUUAGAAAUGUAAAGGGAUGGAAUUUUAUAAGAGCAGAGUCCAAAAUUAGAAAAUCAACUUGAUUUAGAUAAAGACGAUGAUGUUGUUGAGAAAAAAUAAUAAUAAGUGCACAAUCUCAAUACUGAUGAAUAAUAAAUAAACCUUUUUGGGGCUUAAGGCGAGGAAAAUUCUCCAUAAUUAGAAGAAAUUUGGAAUUAUAAAUAAUAAUUAUCAGAUCUUCAAUCAUAAAUAUUAUCAUUAAAUGAAGAAAAGGAAUAACUUUAGAAAAUUAAUUUAUAAUUAACUGAAUAAUUAAAUUAGAUUCAAAGUUAAUCUAAUUUAAAAUCCUCUUAAACACUAGAUAAGUUAGUUGGAAUAAAAGAUGAACUACCUAAUUCAACAAACCAACAGUCCUAAGAAAGAUUUAAUAAAGAAAAUGAUGUUAUUGAAAAAUAAGGAUUAGAAUUAGCGCAACAAAGGCAGGAAUUAUUAACUGCAUAAGAAUAAAAGAGAAACCAAGAAAUAUUAAUAGCAAAGAUUGAGAAAGAUAAAGAACUUUUGGAAAACGAAUGUCAUUAACUAAAAACAUAAGUUGAUGAUCUAUAGUCGAAGUUAGAAAAUUAUGAGCAAAAGUUGAAUGAAAAAACUGCUCACUUUGUCUAAACAAUGGAAUAGUUAUUGAAGGAAAACUAAGAUGAUUUUGAAGAAAACAAACAAUUAAUUAUCUUAAAUCAAGCCACUUAACCUGUUAUAUAAAUUCUCAAAAAGCUUUAGCAUGAUUAGGAAUUAAAGCAAUCUAGAAAAUAGAGUUAAGAGCUUUAGUCUACUUAAGAAAAUUAAUAAGAAAUUAUUUAUCUGAAACAUUAUAUUAAAACACUGGAAGAUAAUAAGCAAUAAUAUAGUGAUGGAAUUAGCAUUUUAAAUAGGAGAAUAAUAGAAUUAUUUAACAAAAAUUCUCUCUUAUAAAAGUAAAUACAGUAAUUAAACUAAUAAAGUUAGAAUAACUGA